GACGUUGAGUGUUGACAGGCUGUUUUGUCUGUGACUAUAAUUUUUGUAUUGUGUUUACGUUCUAGAAUAUUGUAAAUUGUCGCAUUUAAAUUUGAUUUACUUAGUAAACAUUAGUUCCGCGUUACUCUAAAAGUAAUAAGAGAAACAAAAUGACUCUAAACCUUGCAAGGAAAGACGGUGGACCAGGGUACGUCGGAAUACAGUUUUGUCAAGAAUGCAACAACAUGCUGUACCCGCGCGAAGAUAAAAACAACAAAGUGCUGCUGUACGCAUGUAGGAAUUGUGAUUAUAAGCAGCUAGCGGACUCUAACUGCGUGUACGUAAACAAAAUUAUGCACGAAGUAGACGAAUUGACGCAUAUAAACCCCGACGUGGUGAGCGACCCGACCCUGCCUCGGACGAAGGAUCACAUGUGCCCCAAGUGCAACCACCGCGAAGCUGUGUUCUUCCAGGGGCAGACGAGACGCGCCGAAGAAGAGAUGAGACUAUACUACGUGUGUACCAGUUGUAAACAUCGGUGGACUGAGUGAAAACUAGUUAUACUUUUUGUAAUUUUAACUUUAAGGCUCAAUAAAUUAUAUUCUGUAUA